AUGAGGUCCUUCGAUUUCAGCGCUUCGGCGCUCAGCAUUCUUGCUCUUGCAUCAUCCGCUUCGGCAUUCUGGCGCAUGCCCUGCCCUGGACGUAUCUCUACUGAGCGUCUUGACCCUAUUGUCGCCCCUGGUGGUGUCUCUGGUCACGUUCACACCAUCUCUGGUUCCAACGGAUUCAAAGCUGAGAUGACCUAUGCCGAUGCACGUGGAGGUGCAUGCUCUUCAUGCCCUAUCAAGCAAGAUAUGUCCAACUACUGGACACCUGCGCUUUACUACCAAUCUGAGAACGGCACAUUCAUCAAUGUCCCUCAAUCCGGUGAUGGCACCGGUGUCUACGGUGGUAUGACAGUCUACUACUUGCAGAGAGGUGGUCCCAACAACGACAACCUUACUGCCUACCCUGAGGGCUUCCGCAUGCUUGCAGGCGAUCCCUUCAAGCGUGCCGCCACUAGUGACUUUGCUGGCCAGGCUGUCAGCUUUGUCUGCCUUGACUACAGCGGUACCUCUUCCUACACCAGUGGUCUGCCUAACAGAGCCUGCCCUGAUGGUCUGCGCGCUCAGAUCUUCUUCCCAUCUUGCUGGGAUGGUGUGAACCUUGACACAGCCGACCACAAGUCUCACAUGGCUUACCCUACUAAGUACUCUUACGACAACGGCCCUUGCCCUGCAUCGCACCCUGUUCAUAUGGUUUCCAUCUUCUACGAGGUCAUUUGGUCGACUGGUGGUUUUGACUGGUGGAAUGGCACCAACCAACCUUUCGUCUUCGCUCAAGGUGACGCUACUGGGUACGGAUUCCACGGUGAUUUCCUCAACGGCUGGGACGUCGACGUUCUCCAGAAGGCCACUGAUACUUGCAACAACGACUCUGGUCUUAUCCAAGAUUGCCCUGUCUUCGAGUUCUUCAGCAACGCCGAGUCCCAGGCUUGCGUCAUUGCUCCUACUGUCAACGAGGUCAUCACUGGAGAGUUAGACGCCCUUCCAGGCUGCAAUGCCGUCACUCACGGUCCUGACAGAGCUCCCUACUCUAUGACCGGCUGCACUGACACUGGCAAGCUUGGUGCCGCUCCUGUCUACUACCAAAACGUAACUGGCUGGGACUACGUUGGUUGCGCUCCUGACUCUGUCAGCAGCCGCACUUUGUCCAAUUCGAGCUACAUGUCCAGCUCUAUGACCGUGGAGUCAUGUCUGUCUUUCUGCAAGAACAAGGGCCUCAACUACGCCGGUCUUGAAUACUCCACUCAGUGCUACUGUGGCAGCUCCCUUCCUGACAGUCUCGCUCCCACUCCUGGUGUUCUUGGUAACUGCUUCUCUCCUUGCGCUGGUAACUCUUCCGAGUACUGCGGUGGUUCGAACCGUCUGAGCAUUUACUACACAUCUGCAAACUUGGCAUCGUCCACCAUCUCAUGCCCCUCAGGCAAUGGUCAGAACUUCACCACGCCCAACAACGCUACAUUCAGCAUCAACUGUGGUGGUGACUCCAACGGCAAGGACCUCAAGAUGGCUUAUGUCAACAACGGCAUCCAAGAGUGUGUCAAGACAUGCAGUACCACUACCGGUUGCGUUGCAGUCUCGCUCUCUGGAUCCGCAUGCUACAUGAAGAGCACUGUCGGUACCACAAGAACCUCCUCGGGUGUUCAGUUUGCUCAGCUCGUGUCCGCUGGCUCUGUUGUUGCUUCUUCGUCGUCGUCGUCUUCUUCUCCUUCUUCUUCUGCCACUACUUCUUCGAUCAAGUCUUCCUCGAUCAGCUCGUCUGCUGCUGCCUCUUCAUCCACCAAGUCCUCAUCAAUCAGCUCAUCCACUGCUUCUUCUUCGAUCAAGUCCUCAUCCACCAGCUCAUCUGCUGUUGCUUCUUCCACCAUGGCUUCAUCUACCAGCUCUUCUGCUUCGGCCACGAGCUCAUCUCCCAGCUUAGCUACCAACUCUGCCGGGUCUGUUUACAGCCUCUUCUACUCCUCUGACUCUGGUCAGGGAUCUUUCACCAACACCCAGGCAUCCAGCUCCUACACUGAAUGUAUGACUGCUUGUGACACCAACUCCAAGUGCACUGCAUUCACCUAUGUUGGUGGUAAGAACGGUGCUGGCUCCGGUACUUGCUGGCUCAAGACCCAGAUGGGUAACUCCGUCUCCGCUGGUAGCAACGUUCUCACUGGUUCCCGUGUCAGUCUUGGUGUCAAGGCUGGUUCCUCGUCAUCAUCUUCUGCCAUCUCUUCCGCUUCUGGCUUUGUCACCGCUUCUGGUACCAGUGCCAAGUCCGCUGCUUCAAGCACCUCGAGCAGCACGACACCUACCGCCACUAGCACUGCUGCUGUCUGUCCUGGAUCAAACAACACCAUCUUCACUGAUACAAGCUCCGGCGUCCAGUUCCUGAUUGAGUGCGGUAUCGAUCACGCUGGCGGCGAUCUCUCGAUGGUCUACGUCAAGGAUUUCGCUGGCUGUAUCGCAACCUGUGCCCAGACCACUGGCUGUGUUGAUGUUUCUCUCUCCGGAACUGCCUGCUACAUGAAGAAGUCUGUCGGCUCUGUUGUCAACUCCAGCGGUGUCAAGGGUGCCAAGCUCAUCGUCAACGAUGCUAACAUCCUGGUCCAAAAGAAGUUUGCUUCCACAGCCAAGUCUUCUUCCACAACAAAGUCUUCCAGCACUAGCACCAGCACUGUCGCAAGCACAAGCAGCAAGAAGACCUCCACUCUUUCAACUGUCGCCGCACCCAAGACUACCACCUCUACCAAGCGCAAGUAA